AUGUCAGUACUACUGUACAAUGUGUCAGUACUACUGUACAAUGUGUCAGUACUACUUUACAGUGUGCCAGUGUUAUGGCACAUUGUAUCAGUACUACGGUACAGUGUAUCAGUACUACGGUACAGUGUAUCAGUACUACGGUACAGUAUUUCAGUAAUAUGGUACAGUGUGUCACUACUACGGUACAGUGUGUCAGUACUAUUUUGCAGUGUGUCAGUACUACGGUACAAUAUUUCAGUAUUACAGUACAAUAUUUCAGUUCCACAGUACAGUAUUUCAGUACUACAGUACAAUAUUUCAGUACGACAAUACAGUGUGUCAGUACUACAGUACACUGUAGUACUACAGUACAGUGUUUCAGUACUACGGUACAGUGUGUCACUACUACGGUACAGUGUGUCAGUACUACGGUACAGUAUUUCAGUAUUACAGUACAAUAUUUCAGUUCCACAGUACAGUAUUUCAAUACUACAGUGCAGUAUUUCAGUACUACAGUACAGUAUUUCAGUAGUACAGUACAGUAUUUCAGUAGUACAGUACAGUGUGUCAGUACUACAGUACAGUGUUUCAGUACUAUGGUGCAGUGUGUCAGUACUACGGUGCAGUGUAGUACUACAGUACAGUAUUUCAGUACUACAGUACAGUGUGUCAGUAAUACAGUACAGUAUUUCAGGAGUACAGUACAGUAUUUCAGUACUACAGUACAGUGUGUCAGUACUACAGUACAGUAUUUCAGUACUACAGUACAAUAUUUCGGUAUGACAGUACAGCAUUUCAGUACUACGGUACAGUGUGUCAGUAUUACAGUACAGUGUAUCACUACUACAGUACAACACAGAGACUAUGUGA